ACUGUACUUUUAGCUUGCCUGCUGGAGUCUGAAUUUGGAAGAAGAGCGGUGUCAGUAGAACUUAUCUGCCAGUCCAGGCAAAAAAGGAGGAAGCAGAUAAGCCAAGGCCUACAUCACCCCCACCCUCGGGUGUGCACAGAUGUGAAAGUACGGUAAGUAUUACCCAACAUUGCACUGUUACUUAAUUUUGGUUCUCUGUACAUGUUUAUUUUAUUCAGGGGGUGUCCUCUUUUUGUUUUUAAUACAUGUGAUCCACCCAUCCAUUUUACCAUAUCAGAUUGCAUGUGUGUCUUAAAACAGGCCUGCAUAAAUUUGUAAAGGACAAAGCAAACCAGACACAGCUCACCAUCUACACAGUAUGCCUCAGGCACUUUAAAAAAAGAAGAAGUCAUCUGUUUUGCUGCCUUUCUGCAAAAAGGAAAUAUGUUGAAUCCGCCUCUCUCCACCCACCCAUCCACCCCAGUUUUCUGGAACCAUUAGUUCCUUGCAACAUGGAAGAUGCCCCAAAGCUGCUCCCCUUCGCCCAUCCUUAGCAGCAAGGCAGGGAAUGCAGGAGGGGAGACAAAGCCAGGCGGAAGGGUCCAGCCAGCCUAGGGUUUGCUCCUCUGCUUGGCAACAGCCAAAAGCAGUGAGGAGAGUCCAAGGCUCCAGGAAUCCUGCACAGCUCUUGGGUCUCAAGCUCAUGGAAAUUCAGAGAACAAAACAAGUACAACCAAAUCCACCAAACAGCAUGUUUUAGCAAGAAAGUGAUCCUUUUGGAUCACAAAAGAUGCUGUGUAAAAGGAAUACAGUCCUUUGGAUUAUAUAAGAUGUUGUAUAGAGCGCAAACAGUCAUUUUAUUUACAACGAAAGAAAAAAGGACUUGAGGCUUUGCUCAAACAAGGCAUCAUGCCAUAUUUGCCUAUGCACCACAAGGUGGUGCUGUGAUAUCCACAAGCUAACAUAGUUACCUUUCUUUGGUAGUUAUGCUUGUGUUUUCAACAGAAAUAGAAACCAGCUGUUUGUCCAGUGUUACUACAUCAUCUAGGCUAGAAUAUGUUCGUUGUUAAAGCUCUACGGUAUUCAGAGCCAUUGUGAGACAAAACAAUAAACCUUUUUAAGAAUUUCACUAGCCCUCUAUGCUUUAGAGUAGUGGGUUUCAAAUGGUCCAGACCCAAGACCCACCUCCCAACCUGCAACAUGGCACCUACUUCCACAUAUUCAUUUUUUAUUUAUAUUUAAUAGCACUAAUAAGGCACAUGAUUAAUCCUAAAAUGGCAAUUUACAGAGCAAGCUUAGUAUUGCUACUAUGUAGAUGAAAACCAGUGGGGUUUUUUCCAUACUUGCUCAAAAUUUCAGUGAGACAUCUGGACAUGUUUGUUGUUCCAGAUUUCAUUCCAGUGAGGAGUGAUAUUAGAAAGGCCAACUCACAUCUCAUUCCAUGCAGAUAAACUGUUGUUUUUUGGAUCAUGAUUCUUGAGAAGUCUGAUCACAAGACAAGUGGUAUACAAAAUAGCAGCGGGUGGAUGAUUGUUUCAUUUGCUAAUUCUGGGUAUGUAUUCUUUAGUCACUGAAAUCCAAAACUUUGGUAAUGUUACUUGCUGAAAUUUCCCUUUUAAGGUUGUGUCACAAGAGAGCUCAAGGAACUGUUCUUGUAACUCAUAUCUUGAUUCCAGUGCCUCUGUGUCCACAGUGAAUAAUUGUACUCACUGUACAUCCUCACACAGUUUUUUGGGGAAAUAGGCACUGAACCAGUUAACUGCUCUACAUAUUACAUAAUUUCUCCUUUGAUGGAAACAAUUAUUUACUUUUUGAUCAGCCAGUCAACCACUCAAAAACCAGUCAAAAGUGGUAAAAGCCACCAUGAGUUGUCAAAUGAAGCACAUGCUGAUUAUUUAUUUCUGAAGAAAACCAGAACAGCCUUGUGAGCAAUUGUCCUCCUGACAAUCACCUCACUUUUAUGCGUAACAAGAGUUUGGAGUGCAGAACCCACUCUUUUGCAGAGAACUUGUAUGAAGAGUACUGCUUUUGAUUAAAUUAACAAUUUUCUUAAUUUUCACACAUUUUUCUAGAAUAGGGUCCACCUACUUGGAAGCUAGGGUUUCUCUGUGAAGAGAGUGGUUUAUCAAAGUUGCAUUUGAAGCAACUUUGUGAACAAGUCGGAUCAGUCCAUUCUUCCUGUCAUAGAUGGUGCAAAGUUUUCUUGCUCUUAAAAACUGGUUGCCUAUUAUUUGGGGAUGGGGGGAAUCAAGAGGCUUGUAUUAAAAACUGGUAUGCUCCCCCCCGCCCACCCCAAUGCCUCAACGGACACUUCAUUUGCUAGUGUCUUGCCACAUUUUACCCACUGAAGUAUUGGCAUGCUACUUUUUUCAAUAUUAGUGAACUCAUUUUCAUUGGUCCAUAUCUCGGAUCCUUUUAGUGGUUGUGACCUCUCUUUUCACUUCAGUCAUGUUGAGCAAGUGGACAAGUCAUCAUCACCCUUAUGUUUGCGUUUUCUUACCAGAAAAGCAUCCUGGUAGCAUCUCCCUCACCAUCUGUUUCUUCUCCCACUUUCUCUUUCUGGUGUGUUCCCUCCCUUUUGUUUUCACAACAACCCUGUGAGGUAGGCAAGACUGAGAGUUCAAUAACUGGUUUAAGGUUACUCUGAGCUUUAUGGCUGAGUGGAUUCACACCUGGGUCUCCUUCUAGCCUUGACACUCAAACCGCUGCAACUCUGUUGGGAUUUCUGCUAACACACAGGAAACCAAAACUGUUCACCAACCUGGGGCUCUCAGAGCCAAGUCAGUAACGUGUGCCCAGUUCCUUGUGGCACAAUGGACCAGUGCAUCUGGCUGUUAACUAGAAGGUUGGGGGCUCGUGCCCACCCAGGGAUGGUUGUGGGUAGGAUUCCUGCACUUCAGGGGGUUGGACUAGAUGACCCUUGGAACCCCUUCCAACUUUAUGAUUCUAUGUGCUGUAAAAGCCCAAUCCCAACAUGGGUCACAUCUCCAACACACACUGAGAGCACACGUGUAACAAUUAACAGUCUCACUGUCCCCUAAAGAAUCCUGGGAACUGUAGUCUGUUAAGGGUGCUGAUCUCUCAGAGCUACAAUUCCCAGUCUUGUGGUAUUGAAUGGAUCACAUAGUACAGCCACUCCUUUUUUAUAUAAUCAUUUUUAUUAAUUUUUCUGUUUUACAAUUUCAAAUAAGCAUUUUACAAACUUUAAAAUAUCCAAUGACUUCCCUUCUUCUCUUUCCAUUGUUCAUUUUACAUAUCAUACAUCCCUGCAUAUUUACUAUAACCAUUCAAAGCAAUUUUCCACUUUUAUAUCCAUCAAAAAUUAUUUACUCUGUUAAAUGUGUCUUAAUGCUGCCAGAAUUUCCAGCUGUAUGCAGUUAUUUUCCAUAUAUCCAAUAAAUGUUUUCCAAUCUUCUUUAAAUGCAUGUUCUUAUUCUAUAUGUUAAAUCUGCAAGUUGUGCAUAUUCUGUCAACAUAAGUUGCCAACCGUCUUUAGUUGGGACCUUGCUCACUUUCCAUUUUGGGGCUAACAAAACAAGGGCUGCAGUUGUUGCAUACAUAAAUAGCCUUUUCUGGCACCUGAGAAUUUCAAUCUGGGUUAUCCCCAGUGCUUCCCCCCCCCCCCGGGGGGUACGCCGGGGUAUGCAUACCCCUCAACAUUUUGUGAAUCUGACAGGCGAAUUUAAUACUGACUCCAACAAGAGCUUCAUUGCAUUUAAACACUGUAGCCAACUUAAUAUUUAUAAAAUUGGUUGGCCCUCCAUUGAGUUUGUUUAAGCCUUCAGUGUGUGUAAAUUCAUGGUUUUUGAAAGGACGACAUCUGGCGACCGACACCGACAGCAAGCAGAGGAAUCGGGAAGAUGUUAGUGUACACAACCUCGUGCCAAUACUGUGAGCUGUCAGCUGUGUAAUAUGAGGUAAUGCGUGUUCUUUGUACUUUUGUCCGUUUACUGUAUUUAUUUUCCCCGAUUUGAACUAUAAAGUGGUGAUUUUCUUGAGUCAAAAUGAGAGUACAGUGGUACCUCAGGUUACAUAGGCUUCAGGUUACAGACUCCGCUAACCCAGAAAUAGUACCUCGGGUUAAGAACUUUGCUUCAGGAUGAGAACAGUAAUCAUGCUCCGGCGGUGCAGCGGGAGGUCCCAUUAGCUAAAGUGGUGCUUCAGGUUAAGAACAGUUUCAGGUUAAGUACGGACCUCCGGAACGAAUUAAGUACGUAACCAGAGGUACCACUGUACCCCUAAACAUUUCCUUUUUUUAGAAAAAAAGCACUGGUUAUCCCGCAUACUACAGCCACUCCUGGACACUUGAGAAGUAGCUCAGUGGCAGAACAUCUCUGCUCUACCUGCAGAAGGUCUCGGCUUCGGUCCUUGGCAUCUCUAGGCAGGGCUGGCUGGGAAGCUUCCCUUCUCUGAUGCCCGGAUGAGCCGCUGCCGGCCAGAGCUGGCAAUAUUAGCCUGGAUGGUCUCCCGGGGAGCUCCCGGGGAGUUCAAAGGGACUCGCCUCCUCGUAAAUGUGCUCAUGCCCGCAUGAGUCACCACCACGGGAGGAGCACCAGCUCCUCCGCGCGGACGCCAGAGGAAGAGGAAGACCAUAAAGGCGUAGAGGCGGGUUGCCCUUGACGCUCGGCGGCGCCAUUACCGACUCCAGCCCGCGCUCCCUCAGCCUCGCCCGCUGCCUCUGCCAGCCCCCGACCACCGGCGCCCAGGCCUCGGCUGGGUGGGCGGAGGAAGAGACACGGGUGGGCAUUCUCUCCCUCUCCGCGCGCUCUGAUUGGACGGCGUACGUGGCCUGAGAGGGACAAGCGAGGCUUGGGGUUGGCUGUGCCGCGCGCCCCCUUUUGCCGCUGAGGGGAAGAAGCCUGCAUUGCAACUCCUUCGUCCCUCGGCUUUCCGGUGAGUGGCUUCGCUUCCCAAGCGCACAAGGGGCGAGGAGAGAUGCUGGGGCAUCGCCUGAAGGGAGGCCGGGUGGGAGAGUCAACAGGGCGCCUCUUGUGCAUGGUGCUCCGCGGCCAUUGAAGUCCGCAGGAACUGAGGAAUCCCUUCCCUGGGGCUAUAAGCAAAGGUGGGGCGCCAAGACCUGGAGGGGAACGGAAAGUGGCCUGGAGCCUAGCGACUCGCGCGGGGACGCUCCGGCCCGUCGUGGAGGCGAGAGGAGCCUCCUGUGCGGUGCUGAAGGGCGCCCGUGGCCUGCACGAAGGGACGCCUGUUGCUGGACCCUUGCUCGGGUUGGGGGGAUAGUUGCCAGCUAAAGCUUUCGGGACGGGGGGUUGGCAGGCCCUCCAAGUGUCCCUCUUGCCCAGGGACAGUCCCGGGUUGGCAGAAGCCCUCCCCGUUUCUGAUUGGACCCCAGAAUGUCCGGCUUUCCCCUAGGAAGUCCCUGUUUUCAUCGGAGAAAUGCUGGAGGGUACGGGGUGGGGAAUGGCGAUAUGGACCAGAAGGGAAUUGGCAACAGCAAAUAAGGCAACACCUAGAAAGAGGGAAAGUGGCAAUGGCAGGCUGUCCCUUCACAGCACCCCUGCCCUCCAUUGGUGCUUCUGCAUUGCAGGGGGUUGGACUAGAUGAUCCUCAGGGUCCCUUCCAACUCUACAAUUCUCCCAUGCUGGUGGAAUGAACUAGCUUCUUUAACGCUACAGGUCUUCCUCCCCCCCGCCAUGCCUUGCCCUCAAGUGUGUGUCUUUUUGUUCUUUAUAUGCUGCAUAACGGGCUGAAAUGGAUCACAAAUGAAUUACUGGCAUGGGGAUGGACCUAACUAAGUGGUUGUUUUACUUGGGGUGGUAGGAACUUAAUUUUGCUGCUCCCAUUUGGCGUCUCCCUCCUAUGAAACCUUUCAGUCUUUUACUCAAGAAUGGGUUGCACUUUAGAUUAGGACCCUUUAGCUCUUGCAGUUUUAAGUGGUGAGAUGGUGCUUUAAAAAGAUUAGCUUUCCCCCAGUCUUCUAGCUGCAUAUUUUGGGCGUGAAAUAGGGGUACUGAUAUACAGCACAGGACACUUGUUCAUUCUAAUCUGCAACCUGAAAUCCGUUUAAAUUUAUGUUCAGUUUUCUUUUCUUUCUGUCUAGAUGGCCAGCUAAAAAGGGAAAGCAGUAGAAAUCAAGAGUCUUGUGGCAUUUCAGAAAGCUUCCACAGAUUUAUUGUGGCAGAAGCUUCUGUGGCAAGGGUAGCAGAUAUGAUGCGCUCCAGACGUCAUAAGGACUACCACUCCCAUCAGCCCCAGCCAGCAUGGCCAGUGGCCCAGCAUGAUGGGAGUUGUAGUUCAACAACUUCUGUUGUUGGCCACCCCCAUUCUGUGGACUAGAAGCUACUUCAUCAGAUGCAGCAGAUCUUUUUCAAGUUUUGAGAGUUGUGAGAGUUGAAAGAAGUGGGGGUUUUCUCCGGUUUGCAAUGAUAAGAGACACCUGUGUCUGAUGAAAUUGCCUCUGCUGAACAACUCUGAAAACUGUUGCUAUACUGAUAAUUCCUUUUUUUAAAGGUCUAAACAAACACGUAAGAAAAUGAUGCACUCCUAAGAGCCCCGAUCCAUCAGCUGAAGACCUUAGUUCAGUGGUAGAGCACAAGCUUUGCAUGCAAAAAUCUUAUAUUCAGUCCUGGCCAUCCGCAGGUAGGACCAGCGUGGGGAAAGCCCUGCCUGAAAUGCUGGAGAGCCACUAGUCAGUAUAGACUAGGGUUAGCCAAUGUAGUGUCCUCCAGAUAAUGUAGGACUACAAUUCCCAUUUGCCCCAGCCAACAUGACCAAUGGUCAGGAAUGAUGGGAGUUGUUGUCCAACAACAUCUGGAGGUCACCAAAUUGGCUACCCCUGGUGUGUGCAGUAAUAAGCUGGAUUGACCAAUGAUCUGGUUUCGUAAAAGGUAGCUUGACAGGUUUCAAUUAUCUAUGGGAUAUACAACUUGGGAGAAACAAAAGAAGCUCUAAUUUUGUAAUCAGAGAAUACUUCAUGGUCCCAACUCUGGGUGCUGUAGAAAACUGGGUAGACCAACACACAGUACCUCUCUUCUCUGCAGUGUUAGAAACUAAGAAAGCUAGGAGCUAAAUGACACCUUAAACUUAGGUUAUGGACGCCACAAUGGAGUGUCUAGGCACACUUUUUUACAACAAGAAUACAAACCUGAAAAUGAAUGAACUGCAGGUAAAAUCUUACGUUCAUUUUUCACAUGGUCUAGUUCUUCCCCUGCACACCACCUUAAUAUUCUUAAGAAGGCCCCUUCUCCUGGCUAAAGAGAGUGACUGGAAGUGGGGAGGCAGAAAAAGUGGCAGUACUGCAGUGGCAGUACUGCACAGUGGCACAGUACUGUGCCCAGAGCUCAGAAACUGUUCACAUUAAUGAAAUUCACUGUUGCAAAAUUCACCUAGAGCAAUGGGAGUUUCAAACACUGCUGCUCUGACUUCCCAGUGUAAUCCCUGCAGCUGUGCAGAAUGUAGUGGAGAUCCUAACCCAUUUUAGUGACUGUGAAUAUGACGGUUAUUCCAGGGCAAUUAGAGAGAGAGAGAAAGUGCUAUGCUGGAAUUGACAACUUGUUAACCAGGUCCUUCAUGUAUAAGAGCAGCUUCAUCUGCAGACAUUAGCCAGUGCUGAUUCUCACCUUCAUGCCCAGAAAUACUUCGCCUGCUGGUUUCUACAGAUCACAGCAGUUGUUAAACUUUCACAGUUAAAAGGCACAAGGGCAGGCCAGACUGGUUAUUCUCUGGUUAGCUGAUAACUUUAGCAUGUACAGGCCUGUGUACUCCCCAACCUUGUGAUUGUUUCCUGUGUUGAUUUGUCAUGUUUUUGCUACUGGUUUUUAAGCCUCUCCAGGUUCUUUUGGGAUUUCUCUUUCAAAGUGGUUUCCUCAGUGAGCAUUGCUAAGGUAGUUAGGGUUGUGGGAAAAUACGUAUUUUCCUACUUCUUAGGAGACUUCUGCUUGUCAGAUGCUGUCUGUGAAAGGAGAAAUAAAUCUUUCAUGGCAACGUUAGCACCACUAGCAAGUAACACUUCUUUAACUUCUUCUUUUAGAACAGUUGUGUGUUUCUUAAUACCUGCUGCUUCCAUGUUUCUGUUCUCUGAAAGAGAGAUGAGCAACAACAUGUUGUUGCAAGGAGUGCUCCUGUCCAGUGUUCCAGAUAGCCAUUCCAGCCUCCCCCCCCCCCGCGCACUCAACAAAUUGUUCCAUUUUCCCCUGUAGGCUCUCCCCCCUCCCAAAAUAUUUUUUGUACUUCUACAGACCUGGAAUAUUGCCAUGUCUUUUGUGCCAUUUGGUUAAACCAGGAUCCACCCACUGAUGGGAAAAGAAAAUGGGAAGGAAGAGACAGAAAUAGGGGAAGUUUUCCUUUUUCAGUGAUACAUUUAAACCAGUGUUGGUUUAUCUUUUUGUAAACGGCUUUGAGGAUUUUUUUUUUUUUUUUACACAACCAAUUACCAGUGAAUCAAUUACCAGUGGUGGCUAAUGCCCCUUGGAACCAGUAGGGUGGAAGGCAGGGAGGUGAACAGCAGGUGGCCAAUGACAGGCGGAGACAACUCUUACCCCACCCCCUCCCAAUACUCCUCUUUGCUGAGUUCUGUAAGACUGAGACUGAAGAAUAGGAGGCUGACAACCAGUAUAACUCCCUGGACUGGCUGUAGGAUGGGGGUAGCUUGACCAGUGUAAUCCAUGCAUCGGUAACAUUUGUAAGCUUGAGGCUGCAUUAGUGAAACCUGCUCUGUGUUGGGUGGCCCUUGGGUUUGGGACGUCUACAGGUAACUCCUCAUUUGCUUCUUCAGUGCCUUGAAAGCUGAAAGCCUUUCCCAAGAGACAAUUCGGCUCAAAAGCUGACUAGGUUUUAAAAACACUGACAGAGGUGUUUUUAAAAAUCUGUGAUAAAGAAGGGUACUGAUUUACUGGCCUUGCAAUUGCAUCUUUGAUCAGAAGGUGAAGAUUUCUUGGCAUGGAUGUAAACUGAGGGGGAAAGUUCUCACUCUCUGUGGUGCUGCUGAAGGCAGGGUUAGCAAAAAUAAAGGAAAGGAAAGAAAACUUUGUAGUUUAAUGUGAUUAAUGUUAAUAUACCAAUGACUCUCUUGGUGCCUUGACUUUUAUGUUAUCUUUCCCCUUGGCCUUUUAGCUAAAACAGGCUUUGUUUAGCUGAUCAUGGAGCAGUUUCAGGAAAGCGUGAUUGCAAUGAACUUUAUCUUCUCUCAGUCAUGUGCUGUUAAAAAGCAUGUGGGGAAACUGCAGAACAAGGACAGCCAUAGUCACAGAUCAAAGGCCAAACUCAAUCAUGUUUUGCAUGUCAUAUUGGGUGGCGCAUGUCUCCCUGUCUUUUAUCUGAAAGAUAAGACUCUCCCCUUGGACAGAGAAUGAGAACUGCAACAAGAUUACUAUUAUUUUUAAAUUCAGUAUUUGCAACUUUUGAAAUUCAUCCCUCUCUUGUUGAUGAUUUAAAUUAUCAAGGAAAUAACUUUUUAAAUAAUGAGUUUAUAUAAUGCCCUUGUAGAAAUGCCAUAUACAUAUUCUGAUAUAUGCCAGAAGAGGUUUGGCUAUAGGUGAUAAUGGCUUCAUAUUCUGGCUUGUUUUGAAGUCAUUAUCUAUAGUUUCCAGGCUUUCACAUAAUGGAAAUCUCUUGCUAAAUGCUGGCUCUUGGCAUGCUUUAUUGCUUGUUUAGAGGGCACAGCAAAACAACAGGGAGAUGGUCCUACAUGUGAGUGCACACACACUGGUUUAUUAUGUCAGGGUUUCUGGCACAGCAUUAUGUGUGGGCAUGGCUGAUAUGAAAGGGAGCAAGGGAUGGUCUUUUGAUUUAAGACAAAGUGUUUUAAGCUGACACAAGAUUACUAUCAUGUGGACAACUGGUGGCCUCCACAGGUCACUGGAAAAUUUCAGAAGCAGAUCUGCCACACCAAAUGAUUGAAUGGUGACUGCUCCUUUUUCUGGUUGCACAUGUCAAGUUGAUUCAGCCUUUUCAAUAGCUGUCACAGUUCAAAUGAUCCAUUUGGCAUGCCAACCAAACAGGAAUAUUCAAAGUGUCCUUUUUCAACACCCAAAUACAGUUGACCAGUAUUAUCUUAAAAGAAUAACAAUCCGUGUGUAACCACCCGAUGAGAUUUGGACAAGAUACUUGUUAAUUCAUGACUUGUACACUUAACCAUUACACUGAGACAGCACACCACAUAUAAAGUUUUGUUAAGCCAAGGCUGCAAACCUGGACCCGCUUCUUGUAAAGUAAAUCACAUGGAACUGCCUUCUGGGUAUAUGUGCAUGGAAUUAUGCUGGAUCUUGAGCAAGGCCAAAACCAAUUAUCUCUAAUACAGAGGUGUUUUCCUUCUAGGAAAGUACUGUUCAUUCUUAAAAACUGUUGGUCUUACUCUUCAAAAGCUGCUUUAUGUACCGUUUCUUUCUGUGAAACGUGUGCGCACAUCCUUGACUGUUCUCUUUGUGGAUUUCACUGUAAAAGUAUUAAUUUUUUCCCUCAAGUGAAUUUUUAUUGUUUUCCUUACAUAUUCUUUCCCAACAAAUUGUAAUAGCACCAUACAUUCCCUUUGACUCUGCCGAGUCGCGACCCCCCUCCCUCCCCACAACUGGUAUAUUUAUCCUCUUUCCAUCACGCACAUCAUUCUCAUAUUAGUACUAUUAUACAUUGGAGGUAUUAUGUCAAUCCUGCUAGUGUCUUGACCUCUUUACAAUUCUUCUUUAAAUAUUCAAUAAAUUUACUCCAGUUAUUUUGGUAUCUUUGAUCUCCCUGGUCCCGGAUCCUCCCUGACAGUUUGGCAAGUUCUGCAUAUUCUGUCAACUUCGCCUGCCACUCCUGAAUAGUUGGUAUAUCUUGUACUUUCCAUCUUUGGGCCAGAAGGGUCCUUGCGGCAGCUGUAGCAUACAUGAAGAAAUUUUGAUCUUCUAUUUUAAUUUCUGUUCCUAUUAAGCCUAAUAGACACGCUUCUGGUCUUUUGGGGAAAGUAUAUCUAAUUUUUUUUUUUGAGUUCAUUAUAAAUUGAUUCCCAAAUUUUUUUUACCUUAUCGCAGGUCCACCACAUAUGGAAAUAGUCCCCAUCUGCCUUUUUACAUUUCCAACAUUUUCUUUCUUUUUUCCUAUACAUUUUAGCUAAUUUUACUGGCGUCAAAUGCCAUCUAUACAUCAUUUUUAGCAAGUUUUCCUUUAAAGCCAUGCAUCCUGUAAAUCUCGAACCCUCCUUCCAUAAUCUUUUCCACGCAUCCAAUUCAAUGUUAUGCCCAAUAUCAAUUGCCCAUUUUAUCAUUGAUUCCUUUACUUCUUCGUCUUUUGUAUACCAUUCUAGCAAUAAACUAUACAUUCUUGAUAAAAGUUUAUCUUUACAGUCUAUUAACUCGAUAUGGAAUUUUGAUUUUUUAUCUUCGAACCCAUUUCUCUUUUUAUCUUCCUUUAAUAAGUCACUGAUCUGGUGGUAUUGCAGCCACCCUGUUAACAUCUUUUCAAUUUGGUCAUAUGGUUUGAGCUUUAUCCCUUGGUCUGUUUUCCUAGUAAUAUCCUCAUAUGUUACUCUUUCCCCUUCCAUGUUUACUUUUUUUGUUGUCAACACCUCAAUUGGUGAUAUCCACCACGGUGUCUUUCUUUCCAGGAGGUUUUUAUUCCGAUCCCAUACUUCAUAUAAAGAUUUCCUAAUCACAUGGUUUAGAAAACCUUUAUGUACCUUUACUUUGUUGUACCAUAGGUACGAAUGCCAACCGUAUCUAUUGUCGUGGCCCUCUAGAUCUAAUAGGUCAGUGUUUUCUAAAGUCAGCCAAUCUUUUAACCAUACCAAGCACGAAGCUUCAUAAUAUAAAGUCAGGUCUGGUAAAUCAAAACCUCCUCUCUCUUUCUUAUCUACUAGUAUCUUCAUUUUUAUCCUUGGCCUUUUCCCCUGCCAGACAAAUUUUGCUAAAUUUUUUCCCCAAUCCUUAAAUUGUCUUAUCCCUUUUACCACUGGUAUUGCUUGAAAUAGAAAUAACAAUCUAGGUAGUAUAUUCAUUUUUAUCACAGAGAUUCUGCCUAAUAAUGACAAUUUUAGUCUGCUCCAUAUAUCCAUAUCUUUCUUAAUUUCUUUCCAUACCACCUCAUAGUUGUCCUUGUACAGGUUUAUAUUUUUUGUUGUCAUCCAAAUUCCUAAAUAUUUUAUUUUUUUAGCUAUCGCGAUUCCUGAGUCUACUUGUAAUUCUUCCAUCUCUUCUUUCUUCAGAUUUUUUGCUAGCAUUUUCGUCUUGUUUUUGUUGAGUUUAAACCCUGAUACCUUCCCAAAUUCUUCCAUUCUUUUUAUUGCCUCUUUCACACUUUGUCUUGGUUCUUCCAACGUUAAGACUAGAUCAUCUGCGAAGGCUCUUAAUUUAAAUUCUUUUCGUCCCACCUUAAUGCCUCUGACUUCUGAUGAUUCUCUUAGCUUCUUGUUCAAGACCUCUAGGACUGUAAUAAAUAGCAAGGGAGACAAAGGACAUCCCUGCCUAGUACCUUUAGUUAUCUCAAAGUUAUCUGAUAUGUUGUUAUUAAUUAUUAACUUUGCUUUUUGGUCCGAAUAGAUCGUGUCAAUACCUCUCAAAAAUUUUCCACCAAUUCCUACUUUUCACCAAUGCCAAGAAACAUUAUCGAACGCUUUUUCCGCGUCUAUAAACAUUAGUACUGCCUGUUUCUCAUUUCUGACUUCAAGGUAUUCAAUUAUAUUUAUCAGGUUUCUUACGUUGUCCCUUAGUUGCCUCCCCGGCAGAAAGCCUGUUUGGUCCUUGUGUAUCACCUUAUUUAACACCAUUUUUAGUCUAUUCGCUAGUAUAUCCGCAAAUACCUUAUAGUUGUUAUUCAAUAACGAAAUUGGUCUGAAAUUUUUUACAUCUAAUAUAUCCACCUCUUUCUUUGGGAUCAGUGUAAUAUAGGCUUCUUUCCAGGUGUUUGGCAUCCUUCCUUCUCUUAAGACUUUAUUCAUUACUUCACUUAGAACAGGUGUCAGGUAUUGCGAUAGUGUUUUAUAAUACUUUGCUGAGAUACCGUCCGGUCCUGGGGCCUUCCCUAUUUUCAUUCUUUUUAUUGCCUUCAUGACCUCUUGUUCUGUUAUCUCCUGGUUAAGCAUUUCAUAAGAAGUCUGAGGCUUCACGGUGUGGGUUUAAAGUUGCUCCCCCUUUGUGCCCGCAGCUCAAUCCCAUCCCUGAGUCUAUUAUUAAGACCCAGGGAGCAAGAGAGCACCUCUGGGCACCGCUGGGUACCAGCGCCCCUCAGGAUCUCUUCCCGAGGUUCCGAGGUCUGCGUAGCCUUCGCGAAACCUCUCAAAUAGCCCCCACACCGCUCGAGACCCCCCGGAGGGUUAUCUCGCACUUCUUAUCAUGUCUGCAGUUCCGCCGGAAGCCCUGUAAAAGUAUUAAUUUAGGUUUGUGGAAAAGUAGUCUUACAUAUGUGUACUGAAAGAUGAAUUUGUUUUCAUGCAGAUCAAGGAUGUGGCUCCUCAUAGUCGUGGCGAGUUUGAUCCAAGGACUUGCAACUUCAGAAAACUUUGUGAGAAGACGAAAUGUUGACCCUGAAGCUACUAUGAAUAUUGUAAGCCCUUUUUAUCUUUCUGUGUCGUAUCUAUGAUAGUUAAAAGCAUCAGUGGCAAUUGGUGCUCCGCUUGAUAUUCCUGAAGUUGCAUUUUCACUGAAAGUUGGGAUUACAUGAAGCAUGAAAAUAUUCACUUACCAUUAUUAUUUUUUAGGAGCAUAACCUUCCCUUCCGAUACAAUUACAUUGCUCAGGGUGACUUACAGCCAUCAAAGCAAAACAAACAAACAAACAAACAAAAAACAACAAUCCCAUAAAAGAUAUAAAGUGGCAGCGACAGACUUGGCGGAUAGCAGAACUAUAUGCCCACAUUCCAAAAUGUUUCUGUCCAGCAAGUCUUGCUCAACACUCUCGUGACCCACUAACACGGGGAUGGUUGGACUUAUUGUUGAAACAUGCCUUCUAUUUGCUACAACAGUAAGCUUCUUUCAAUCCUCUCCCCCCCCCUUCUCUCUCUCUCUCUCUCUCUCUCUCUCUCUCUCGUGUGGAGAGAGAGUGGAAUCCUGCAAAUUUAAGGGAAGGUCUCUGAGUGUGCAUAUGAGGGCACGACACUGAAAAACCUUGUGCUAAACUAUUUGUUAGGUGUUAAAUUUCCCUUGAUAAUUAUUCUUGGGAAAACUGGAGGCUGGCUCAAUGAGUCUGUUGCUCAAGUACCUAAUCGGAUAGCUCUAGAAAGCUGAAUUGCCUCAGGGAUACUGUUCGGUUUUGCAUUAAAGGCGGUCACCAAACAGACUGCUGAGUUGUCCACAGCAAUAACUUAUUAGACUUCUUUGGAACUGACAAAUAAACUGAUUGUGUGGGACAGUCCUCCUCCCUUUUCUAACUUUGCACCUUUUUGCUCACUCCAGGUACUGACUGUCUUCUGUGGAAGACAAUUGUCCAGGCCUUUUUACAGCCAUUUGCUAACAUUUCCAACUGAAUGCUGCCCAUUCUUUCCUUUCCCUCCCAGAGCGAAAUUAUUUCCUUCAGAGGAUAUCCCAGUGAGGAAUAUGAAGUGGUGACAGAUGAUGGGUAUAUCCUGAGUAUUAACAGAAUCCCUCAUGGGAAAAUAAAUCAGUGGAACAAGGGUGAGUGUGUGUUUUGAGGUAAUAUAUUGUGUGUACACGUAAAUGCAAAUGUCCCACAUUAUGCAGAGAUAUAGAUAUAGAUACAGAGAAAGAAAUGAAGGCUUCUUGCUUUGGAGAAAUUUGGCUUACAUCAGGUUUCACCAGUGCGAAAAUAGAUAAUUUGUUUGAUAAUGUAGGGUUCUUAUAGAUCUAUCAAUAACAGAUUCUUUGUUCAGCGAAACUAACAGUUAAAAAGCAGUUAUAUAUACAUACACACAUUGCUUAUUGAGCUCACUCCUACAAAAUGAAUCUGUCCCCCUCCCCCGCAACCCUUUUACCAUCUAAGAAUUGGGGCAUGAGCAUAGAAGGGAAAGCUGGUAGGUAUUAUUAUUUAGCUUUUUACCGUUGUUGUUUUUUAAAAAAAUAACAGUGUAUUUUCAGUCUUUUUCAUCUUCAGGGUUUUCCCCUCCCACAAAGGCAGUAGCAUAAUCUGGGCCACAGAGAAUUUGCAAGACAUUAAGAUGAAUAUUACCACACUUGGAGUUCAUCCAAAACAUGGCACCAUUCUGCCCUCCACUGGGACCAGUUUUGCUUGCAUGGCUUCAUUACAUAUGCCCCAAGGGCAUGGGAGAGCACAGCACUUUCUCUCUUCAUGUGGGGAAGUGAACAUUCCCUGCUUCUUUUCCCAAAGGCAUUAGAUGUGGAAACAUUGUACUCGACUGAGCAGGACUGAGCUAAAGCUACUCCACCCACCCACCCUCAGAAGUUGGAUAUGAGAAGGUUUUGGUUCAAAGGAGCACAGGAAGCCUUGCCAUGUGAGUGAGGACAUAGGCCAGGCACAAGCUCUUGCCUGUCUUCCACCCCCAGUUCAAAUUCCUUGAUUUGCCCAUAGGGUGCUGGCAGGUCUCUUCCCAAGCAGUGAAAGUUUGUUGGCUCUCUUCUCCAUUCUUGGAGAUGUAGGAUAGAUAGUUUAUGUUGAUAAUGACUGGGCAGCCUGCUAUUCUUUUUAUUAUUAUCCAUUUUGCUUUCUUGGUUGUCUCUUGCUAUCCAAUGUAGCAAAAUAACAUGGUGGUCUCCUUUUUCCUAUAAAAGUGAUGGUUGCCAGCCAAGGUGUCCUCUUCUGCUUUUGUAUUUUGUGGUCUCACCAGUUGCUCAGCAAUGUGGGAGGAAGUGCACACAAUUGCCCAACAUGUUCUUGUUCUUUUUUUCUUUUAAGAUUUCAAAAAAAUAGGCCAUACUAAUAGAUGAAGUCAAGGAUAUUUUAAUCCUUUCCUGAGCUAUUAAAAGAAGUGUGGAAGUGUGGUGGCAGGCAGAAAGGGAAGCUAGAAUAACUAGUUCAUAGUCCAUGUUGACAUCAGCUGUUUUCAGUCCUGAUGUAGCUGUGAGCUGCGCACCACCUUGACACAAGUGACAGGGAAGUGCAUGUGAUCUUUUUGGGGGCGGCGGGGGUGGAUCUCUUUAGUUGCAAAAGAUUCUUUUUGCAGUUGUCACAGAUGCACUUGCUUCAGCCAUUCACAGAGAUUCACUACUACCUCUUCUUUCAAAAAGGGUGGAGAUGGUAGCACAUCCAGCUCAGUGUCCCAACGCCUUUGCCUCUCUUGUCUGCAGCUUUUUCCUUGAGUAAAAGGACUUCGCUCCAAGGUUUGGGGCUAGGACAGAUAAAAUAAGAGCUGUAUUGAAUUGAGCAAAGGUUGGAUAUUUAAAAAAUGUGUUUGCUCUGCUUUCCACAUUGCAUUCAGAAGUGAUUGGGUGGUAUGCCACCAAGUUUUACUCAGAGUAGACCUGUUGUUGACCUAGUCAUCCUCAUUAAUUUCGGUGAGCAAAACUUGGUUGACUGUCCCCCCUAUUCAUUCCAGACUAAAAGACGCCACUUGUGGAAUUGCUGGCUAUGCAUUCUCUUUGCCCCAUGUUUAUAGCAGGCAUGGAAUGAUCACAUGACUGGCAUUAAAAAUUUCGAUGGAUCUCAUUCUUGUUGGAAGCAGACACUGAAGCAGUAACUUUGCUUAAAACAUUUCACUUUCAGGUCCCAAGCCUUCAGUGUUUCUGCAGCACGGCUUGCUUGCUGAUGGCAGUAACUGGGUGACAAAUCUGGACUACAACAGCCUGGGCUUUAUGCUGGCUGAUGCUGGGUAUGAUGUUUGGCUGGGAAACAGCAGAGGUAACACUUGGUCCAGAAAACACAUACACUAUACAGCAGACCAAGAAGAAUUCUGGAUGUUCAGGUAGGGUGAAAUAUCCAAACUUACUUGCAUGUCGCUGGUUCCUGGUUUUGCCCUUUAGACUCAUGCUCUUCAUAUUGGUAGUUAAAUAAACAAUCAAACUUGCACAUAUUGCACAUAUGGGGAAUUGUGUUUGGUUGAAAUGCACAAUUGGGAUAACCUCAGCAUCAAAGGAUGAAACCGGUUGGCAAUUCAUUUUGGGGCCCAAUUCGGGGUGCUCACAUUAGUGUUUAAAGUUCUAAACGACUUAGGACCAAAAUAUCUAUAGACACUAGCAUCUGCAGCAAGGGCUGAUGAACUACAACUUCCUGAUUCCUACCUUUUCUUAAUUUUUUAAAAAAGAGUUAACUCUUUCUAGCAUUUGGAAAAUCUGUAGUAUGUUGCAAAUUGUACAGGUGCAAUUAUUCUUUUUUUUAAAAUGAGAAACUAGCCUGCUCCCAUUUCAGUGUUUUGAACCCCGCUGAAAAUUUAUCCUGGUGCCCAUGCCUACAAACCCUCUAUGGGAGAACGGAACCUCUUGGUAGUUCUGUCACCCUCAGAGCUUCAGAAAGUGACCACCUGGGAGAGGGCAUUCUGUGUGGCAGCCCCUAAGUUUUGGAGUUCCCUCCUCAUAGAGGUGCACUUAAUGUAUCUUUUGUUAUGUGCUGAAGAGUCAUCUCUUUCCUCUGGCCCUUGACACCAGAGGUGUAUAAUUUAGGACCCACCCUCUUUUCUUUUAUUGUAAAGUCUUUUAACUGUUCUUAAUACUGCAUUUUAAAAUUGUUGCAGCCCACCCUGAUACCUCAGGGUGAAGCGCAGGUAAGGCAUUCAAUAUAUAAUGAUGGUGGUGAAAAGCGUCUUUAGUGGUGUUAAUAGACUUUGGGUGGAAUUAGAUUUGAUGUGGGAGAACAUCCUCAGACAUGGGCAUGAGAGGAAGCAGAGCCCUCCGCUGCCCACUGCAUAAAUUCUGUUCCUCCCAAAUUGACAUUUUAAAUAGUUGUUUGUUCCAUUAUUUCCAGUAUUUAUCACACUGGGAGAAACAUGGCUUUUUCAUCUCCCUUUUCCAGCAGCAUUUGUCUUCCAGUCUGUCGAUGUUGCAUUUGUAAACCGCCCUGAUGAUUUAUAAGAACUUUGGUGGAAGUUUGGUUUGCCUUGUUUGGUUUUCCAGGUGCUGCUAUCUGACAUCUAGAGACAGCUUGCCUGUCAAAACUGUCACAUUUUGGUAGCCACAUGGUUGCUGUGAACUAGGUAGUGGCCUUUCUUCAUGUGCAGUGAAUUGCUCAUAAUGUGGCAUUGACCAUUUCUGAACAGCGCCGGUGGAGAUAUCUAAGGAGGACGAGUAAUGGCUUGAUUAAAAAAAAGACUCUGCUUCACAAACGUUCAGAGAAUUGGGGACUUGAUGGGUCUGUGGUGAACUUUGAUCUACCAAAUCCAAGCCUGUUUCUUCGACUGCAUUGUGCUGAGAACAUUGCGUUUGAGACUAACAAAAUGUGGGUCCCACUGCAUAUGCAAGUCUGUUAAACAUAGGCUGUUUUUUUCCUUUCCUUUGCAGUUUUGAUGAAAUGGCUAGAUAUGACAUUCCCGCUUCAAUAGAUUUUAUCCUGAACAAAACCGGACAGGAGCAAAUAUUUUAUGUUGGCCAUUCCCAAGGCACCACAAUGGGUAGGUUUUCAGGUUUCUUAAAUGCACAUUGACAAUUCUAAUAGCUACAGCUAUUUCUUUGUACAGCUGCUAUUCCAAAUUACUUUUAGGAGGAAGCUUGUUCAUAGUACCGCGACUACACAUGGUGUCACUGGACACACAUUGGAAAUAAAAACAACCAUUAUUCAAUUGUAACAGGAAGCUGCAGUCCAACAAACCCAGGAAGUAUUGCAUUAAGGCCCAUGAGAGAAGGCAAGAAGGGAGUGUGUGGGCCGAACACCCAUUCUCAGUCAGAAAAGUCACAGGGCAAUAGUAGUAGUAAAAGGAGAUUUACUCCUUCCCCUGUACCAUCUGCUUUAAAUUUGAUCUGGAGAAUUGGGUGAACCCAAUGACAGUUUCAGGGGGCACACAAGGAGAGAACAUUCUGUUGCACAAGGAAAAGUCCUUGCUGUAAUGGAAUAUUUGCCUCAGUGCUAUGUUGAAUAGAACCUGCAGUUGAAUAACCAACACAGUCAUAUCUUAACCUCACCACUGACUGUCACUUCAUGUUUUGUUGAUUCUUAAGUUUAUUGAUCAAGUGAAUUUACAGUUACUACACUGUUGAGGAUAUAUAUGCAACCGUAAACGUUUUAAAUUGGUCAAAAGCAAGAAAGGGUAUUUUCUGUUUCAAUGCCCAGGUUAAAAAACUCCAUCCAUAGAUCCAUAGAGGGGUGUGCUUGAGUCCCUCUGUUUUAACCUUCAUGUGUGCUGCUAAGGCUUUUCUAUUAUGCCAGGUUUUCACUCUGAUUUCAUGUAUCUUUCCCCCCCACUUUUAAAUUUCGCCAAUGCUGGUUGUAUUAGAAUUGUUUGCCACGAUAGUAAUUUCAUAAGCCACUUUGAGUUUAUUUAUAAAUAAAAGAAAGGUUCAGAUUUCUUAAUGCAAAGAACUUCCUUUUGACUUGAAGGUUCUGAUUGUAAAUGGUUCCACACAGGCCAUAAAAUACUUCAUUGCUUUUGUGUUAUGAGAGAUCUGAGUUUAAAAUUUUGAUCUUGGGUUUUGUUUGAGAAUGCCCAGCUAGCUAUAUUCAUUUCUCUUCUCUCCUUUUCCAUCCCACUACCCAGCGUUCAUUGCAUUUUCAACCAUGCCACAGCUAGCAAAGAAGGUAAAGAUGUUCUUUGGACUGGCGCCGGUAGCCACCAUAAAGUUUUCAACCAGCCCGCUAGCCAAGAUUGGAGUGUUUCCUGAACUAAUGUUCAAGGUAUGUGUAAAGGUAAAGGGACCCCUGACCAUUAGGUCCAGUCACGGAUGACUCUGGGGUUGCGGCGCUCAUCUCGCUUUACUGGCCAAGGGAGCUGGCGUACAGCUUCUGGGUCAUGUGGCCAGCAUGACUAAGCCGCUUCUGGCGAACCAGAGCAGCGCACGGAAACACCAUUUACCUUCCCACUGGAGCAGUACCUAUUUAUAUACUUGCACUUUGACGUGCUUUCGAACUGCUAGGUUGGCAGGAGCAGGGACCGAGCAACGGGAGCUCACCCCAUCGCAGGGAUUCGAACCACCGACCUUCUGAUCGGCAAGCCCCAGGCUCAGUGGUUUCGACCACAGCGCCACCCACAUCCAAAGUAUUUUGGACCAAAUACUUGCUUGAACCACAGUCCGCAAUUGUUGCUGGAUGUAACUAAGUACUUGGGAGUGUGCUUUUUCGUUGGCUCUGUACAUACUUGAAGAAAAGAAGGAACAUACCGUUUAACAAAAGCCUAAAUGAGUGGCUCGUUUCAAAAGUAAACACAUCAGUUGACCCGAGACUGCUUGUAACGCUCUUCAGCACCUAAGCUGCUCAAACUAGUUGCUGCUGCCACUUGGCAUCAGGGUGUUGCUGUAGGUACUGUUUCCUUCAGUGGGCUGUAAUGACAAUGUCUGUGUUGAGAAUAUAGUGCAGGAUCCUUUUGCCUAUGCGUGUGGGAUUUGAAUGGGUUCUCUAUCCUAAGUGACUGAGUAGAAGAUUCUCAUAAUACUUUUUGUCAUGCUUUGUUGCUGCUUGAUACGAUUAGCAGUAUCCGCAGGAAACAGACGAUUGACUUAACCUAGUGACCUAUAUACUAAUGUUUUUGUUUUGGCAGGCAAUGUUUGGGACUAAGCAGUUUCUCCCUCAGAACAAAAUUAUGAGCUGGCUUGCUACUCACUUAUGCGACCAUUUCGUAUUUGAUUAUCUUUGUGGCAAUGUUUUCUUCCUACUAUGUGGGUUUAAUGAGAAAAACUUAAAUAUGGUAAGUUUUCUGACUACCUAAUAAAAGGUACAGACAAUGAUCUAAAUAAUUUGGAUGUGUGUGAACUUUUCUAAAAUUAUUACAGCUUAUGCCAUCCAUAUCUUACUUUACCUUGGGCAAAAUUUGCUUGAAUCUUACAAGUGUCUGCACAUGUUGCUUUGGCAUAUUGGAAAACACAUGAUUGCUUGGGUAUAACUCAUAGUUCCAUAUGUUUCUCUUCCUGUUAUGGGAUUGUAUAUUGUAAUUUUAUGUUGUGAACUGCUUUCAGAUCUGCAGACGAAGGGCGGUAUACAAAUAAAAAAAAUAAAAAAUAGUGACCCUGGCAUAGAACUAAGUUGUGACUGCCCACUUUGUAAAAAUGGAAAGGGGGGGAAAUGUUGGUGUGGGUUAUUACGUGAUCUUCUAGAUGUAGUUAUUAUUAUUUCCUUUCUUUUCUACCAGAUUUCUUCUUUUCCUAGGGUUACAGUGAUAAACAAUGUGAAUAAAGUACACUCAUGUAAUCAUACAAUUAUGUUGAAUAUUUUUUAUGCAUUGAUCUGUGGCACACUACAGCUUUAGAAUUACAAUGUGAACCAUGAUGUGAAAUGAAUGUUUGUAGUUGUUAUGCCACACCCUGAAUACCAAUCAGGGCUGGUGCACAGGGAACUAUUUAAAAAUGUAUUGUAGACUGCAAGCAGGCUGUGGCAUUAUGCUCUCUUUCCUUGCCACCUUGACUCAGUAUGAACAUGGUCAAGAGUGCUCCUGAAUUCUAUUUUAGCUUUUCCCAAUUAGAAUCCUAGAAUGCCCCUUAACCAUGAUUGGUAGCUAUUGGAUACAACGUGAAACAAGGGUAGGAUUAGUUCAUGUGCUAGAGAGGUGAGAGUAUGCAAUCCCAUGACACACCCACAGUUGUUUAUUGUCAUAUCUGCAUUGGCCCUAGGGAAGUUGUGCUGGAUCAUUACAUGAAUUAUCAGGGCUUUAACAUACCUGGGAAGCAAAGCCUUGCUGAACACAGUAAAACUUAAUUCUCGCAACACACUCAUAGGAUUUCACUGAAAUAAUUUUGCUACGUAAUAUGUAAAAUGCAGUCAUGUUGUGGGACGUUAGUUAAAACUAAUGUAGUGGGACAAUCAGGUAAAAACUCAAAUACCUUGCCCUAAGGUAAUGUCACUGGUAACAUAAUAUUGAGAUUUACAGCUUGUUUAGAGUGCCAAGUUGAUCUCUGUAAAGAGCUGUAGGUAGUUACUAUUUUGCUGCAAAUAAACACAGAACUGCAUGAUCUCUGAUGCAGUACUUUUGUUCAAAUAAACCAAAUGGAACAAAAGAAAUUAAGUGGCUGUGCCAUUUUGUGAUGGUUUCACUCGAUAAUGUUGCUGUUUGUUACAGACUCGAGUAGAUGUAUAUUCAACACACUGUCCAGCUGGGACAUCUGUUCAGAACAUGCUGCACUGGGCUCAGGUAGAACCUAUACCCUUAAUUCUGUUUAAAGAAGCUUCCUGCAUAUAAAAACAAUAAAUAAAUAAAUAAUAUGUGAAGGUAUAUGCAAACAUUACAAAUGCAGCAUGCCUCUUUUUUUAGGCUGUGAAGUCUGGACAGCUCAAAGCCUUUGACUGGGGUAGCAAGAAAGCAAACAUGGCUCACUACAACCAGGUAAGAAUUUCUCACUCAUUUGUAAUGCAAUGGACUCCUAACUCCCAUCAGCCCUAACCAGUACAGUCAUACCUUGGUUCCCGAACACUCUGGAACUAGGACAUUUUGGCUCCCGAUUGCCGCAAAUCCGGAAGUGAUUGUUCCGGUUUGUGAACGUUCUUUUGGAACCUGGACGUCCGACGGGGCUUCUGUGGCUUCUGAUUGUCUGCAGAAGCUGCAGUUUGGUUUUCCAAUGUUUUGGAAGUCGAAUGGACUUCCGGAAUGGAUUCCAUUCAACUUCCAAGGUACGACUGUAUGACCAGUGAUAUUGAUAGGACAGGGCUUUCCAACAGGUCUAUCUACCGGUCGAUCGUGGGCUGUCCCUGGUCGAUCCUAGUCAAUCCUGCGAUCUCCACCGAUAGCCCCCCCAAAAAAGCUCAACAACUCUGAUCCCUCUCCCUAAAAAAGUCUCAACAACUUUGACUUACCCCUUCCCAAAAAAGCUCCACAACUUUGCUCAUCCUCUCCAAUGGGUAGAUCACUGCCAGUUUAUUUACAGUGGGAGUAGAUCACAGUCUCUUGGAAGUUGGACACCCUGUGAUAGGAGAUGUGGUCCAGCAAUAUCUAGAAGGCCACACAUUCCCUAUUCCUAAUGUAGACUGUGUAUGCAUAUGCUAUUUUUUUAUCCAUAAAUCUUUGUUGUAUUCUGAACUACAAACUUGCCGUUUUUUAAAACAAACAAACAAACAAGCUAACUAACUAACUAACUAACUGUUUUUCUUCCCCAUCCCUUUUAGUCAACACCACCUUUCUACAAAGUAAAGGAGAUGACUGUUCCAACAGCUCUCUGGACUGGAGGUCAUGACUGGCUUGCUGACCCAAAGGACAUUGCCCUAUUGAUGACUCAGGUCCCGAACUUAGUUUACCACAAGAAUAUCCCUGAAUGGGAACAUCUGGAUUUCAUCUGGGGCCUCGAUGCCCCACAGCGCAUGUACAAAGAUAUAAUUCAACUGAUGCAGAAAUAUCAAUAAGGCCACAUCAUCCUAGGAGCUGUGAUUCUGAAGCAUUUCUUCAAGAAACUAGCAUGAUCACGCUGCUUUUUUUUGUUUAAUCAUGGAAAGAAAUCCUUCCUUCUUUAAAUACGCAUUCUCUUAUUAACCUGUCUACAUGCAGUUUAGUAAUACCUCAGGAAAUUUACAUUUUUGCACUGCUCAUAAGUGUUGUCAUGCAUCUUGAAUGAAGAUGUUGAGACACAACUUAAGUGUUCUUCUCGUUGUGGUAGUCUUGAGGAAAGGAAAAGCCUUGUUGCUAAUCUUCUCUAGUGAUAAGUAUCUGAAAGUAAAUCUGAUCUCCCCAAACUUGUUAUGGAGAGCAGGGUGGAGAAAUGUUCUGGCUAAAGCCUUGCUAACAUCAGGAAGCUUUAUAAAAUGAGAUCUUUGCUCAUCCCACUUCGCAUAGCAGAGUUAGGAAGAUGAGCUGUACUUUCGAUCAGAGAGCAUGGGUGCGUGUUGUAGGCCUAUUUCCAAGUGUGUCUGAUAAUGCCAGUGGGAAGCUUCCAUCAUUUGCUGAUCUUGGCUGACUCUGCACAUUACAAGAAGAAAACAGCACACUGCAGUGGUUAAGUGUUCCCAGCAUGGGAUUCCUCUAGGGCUCUUUUUUUGAGUGUUGGACCUUAUAGUCCACCUUAUUCUGAAGUGCGUUCCCUGGAUUGCUCUGGAACUACUCAGGGACAAAUGCUUUAUAGCUGUGCCCUUGUGAUCAAAGCACAAACUGUGUUCUAAAGCUGGUACUUCUUUGAAGAUAAACUGGCAUGUGUUCAGGAAUUAAAAUGCAUGCCUUAAAAUGUGUGACACUGUGUCGCAUUGGGAGAACAAUGCAUGUGACUCUUUCAAAGAGGAGCUGCAUCUAGGGCUUGCUUCUGUAGCUGUAGAAAUAUGCGAAAGUAUUAGCCUUCCAGUGUUCAUGUUUAAAAUAUGUGGGUGCUGUUCCAAGGCAGCAACCCUGUGUUUUGAAAGCAGCAAGGUACGUAGCACUUAUUUAAAGGCUGCCAGGUUGAGCCUAAAUGCAUUUUAUUAGGGUUUUGAAAGAAAAAGAAACUUUCUCCAACAAGUCAUUUUUUAUUGGAAUACAAGCUCUGAGCAUGUAUUAUAAUGCUGUCCCCAGUAGAACAUUGCUCAGUGGUGGAGCACAUCCUUUACACCCCAUGUUUAACCCGUCAUUUCUGGGUAGACCUUGGAAAGACCCCUGGAGAGCUGCUGCCAACUGGUGUAGGUAAUAUGGAGUUAGAUGGGCUAAAUGUUCAGACUAAGGCUGCAUCCAGAUGUCACUUAGUUAUGUCUUCCUAGCAUUUGCCUACCUGUGCAUUUUUGUGUUUUAUGUGAUCUUUCACGCAAUGCAACAGCCACCUCUGGAAAUCUAGUGAAUGUUUACCACUCAUGCCCAAUGCUAAUUCUCUCCAGGAAAUAAUAAUAAUAAUAAUUUGCAAUUGUCUUAAUUUGGAAAAUCGCUGGAGUUUUGUAUUGACAAAAUUUGGGGCGCUAUCCCAGCAUAUAGUUCUUUAACCACCAUUUAAAUUAGCACAACAUGGCAGCAUAUUGAUCAAAAAGCCCAAGUUCUAAAAUGCAACAGGUGCUACAGUAUAAAAGGAAUGUUAGUGAUCGGGACAGAAGCACUUAGCAUUAUAACCAGUAAAACUAAUGCAACCUCAGAGCAAGGUAGCUUCCUAUGGCUGAUGUUUCACAGGCCAAGCCUCAGUGAAACGUCCAAUACUACCUACCUCCUUGAUAUUUCAGACCCUAUGGAGCUUUUUUCUAUAUCAAAUAAGUGUUGUGAAAAUAUAUGUUCAAACUGUGAGAUGAAUUCAGAAUUGAGAUGGCAUGAAAUAUUUUUAUUAACUAAAUUCAGAACUAGCUUAUAUGGAAAAUGACUCUUUUUGCAACUUCACAGAUCCAUAAAGAAUGAUUAAAAGGAAUGGUUUGGAUUUUAUAAAGUUCAGUUUGCAACUUGGAGACGUGUUUUUUUUCUGCAGAGAUGAAAUGAACGGCAGUGCAUAGACUGACUACCAAAGAUGCUCAGUUAUAUAGUGUCUAUGCUCUGAUUCUUUAUGCUCUGAUUCUCUUAAUUUUUCUAACUUUUGCACUGAACUGUAAUUAACAGAUGGAAAUGGGGAUCUGACAAGUUAACAUUAUUCAUAAUGCUUUAAUAAAGUUUUUUUUAAAAAAAUAAAAAUACUUUUUACUUUGGGUUGUUUUGUAAAAUCAGCAAAUAUCAGUUCUACAUUUUAUGUGCAAUAUUAAGACAUUCUAACCACUUCCCCUAAAUAUGAAAACUGAUACUUGUAGUUAUGCCCGCUUUUUAAUCUUACUAUUAUAUGCCAUUUUCUGCUUUGGGUGCAAAUUAAUAUUUUAAUAACAAAAACAAGGAAGCAUAGUUGCAAAUAUUAAACUUUGUUGAAGAAAUCACUCUGGGAAACCCAUGCACUGUGUCUCAUGUUUGUCUAAGCUUUUUUGGGAGGAAAUGACAGCACUGAAUAAAAAUAUAACUGAAACUAAAAGUGGUCUCCAUGUGUUGUUCCCACAGAUGCAAGUAUUAUACUCUGAAAAGAUCUUUCUAAUGAAGGCUUUUAAUCACAAAAAUUGUACAUAUGAAGGACCCCUGUCUUAUCCAAACAAGAUUGGAUAGUGGAAGGAAAUUACUUGUGUUACAGAAAGCAGAGAUCCCUGGUGGAAUUUCUAUGAGCUUAAUUUAAAAUAGUUGACUGGAAAGUCCGUAAGAAUGCUCAAUCAUGGCAGAAAUGCCUGAAAAUUCAGAACAAGGAUUUUGGAUAACAGAAUACCCUUAUAGGUAGUACUGUACCGCCAGAGUCUGCUUCCUGUUGUCUGUCUGAAACAAUAGACCCCUACUCUCUCCCAUCCCCACAAACCAAUGCAUAAUAUUUACCUCAUAAUUCUAGUUUAUCAGUGACCGUUCAGUGGUAUUGCUGCUUCGCAUUGUAGAGGCACUGCUCUGCCACAAUAGACACACAAGUGUACACACAACCCUUAAAAUAAUGCUAUAUGGCGUUAACAGGUGUUCCUAUCUGAGGCCACAAACCUGUUAUACUCACAGGCCUUCCCUUAGCCACCCCAGCAGUGAUCCAAUAGAAGGAGUGGUACCAGCAGACAUAGGGUGGCAGGCAGGUGAAUUUGAAAAAAGGGAGGAAGUACCCCAGAAGUAGCUUUCAUUGUGAUUGAAUAUGCAAAGUCUGAAGUUCAGAAAAUCCUAGAUGGGAAUUCUUAAUGCUGUCCUUUCUGCUUUAAUUUGGAAGCAUUUCUGGAGCAAGCUACGAUUUAAAGCAAGUUGAUGCUGUUUUCUGCCACAAGAUGGCGCAUUGUCCCUUACCAGUGAUACUUUGUAACUGGUCCGUAACAUUUUUAGCUGAGAGACACUGCUUUUGUAACAUGUAUCAAAAAAGAGAGAAGCUGCCCCAACCUUUCCCUAAUGUUUGAAAGCAAGAAUACAAAUAUCUAGCCAGUUUCGCAACAUUGCUUGUUGGGGGGGGGGGAAUAGAUCUGUAUGUUUAGGGAGAAGACCAAUGCGUUGUGGGUUCCUGUGUGGGUUCCACUGUACAAUUCUAUGGUUCCAUACGUGCAGAACUGGUAAAAUGCAACAGGGCUGGUUCAAUAGAUCAAACUGCUGGAGUGGACAUAUACAGUAUGGGGAAAGGCAAUCCUGGAAGUAAACUGCUCCCUAGCUGUAACGGGCUUUAUACAGUAUACAGUACUAAUAGUGAUACCUUGAGCUUGGCCUCGUAGCAAAUGGGGAAGUAGCGCUGAUCUUCCGCCGCAGGUGUUCUAUGCUGACAGGAUCUCAUUCACGAAAGCAGCACGUUGUAAUACACAAUCCAAUGCAAACUUAGCGGGGAAUAAGGGUCAUCGAAAGCCACGGGACUUACAGUGGUACCUCUGGUUACGUACUUAAUUCGUUCCGGAGGUCCGUUCUUAACCUGGAACUGUUCUUAACCUGAAGCACCACUUUAGCUAAUGGGGCCUCCUGCUGCUGCCGGGCCGCCGGAGCACGAUUUCUGUUCUCAUCCUGAAGCAAAGUUCUAAACCCGAGGUACUAUUUCUGGGUUAGCGGAGUGUGUAACCUGAAGCGUAUGUAACCCGAGGUACCACUGUACUUCCAAGUCAGCGUGCAAGGGAUUGCAGGACCGGCGGACUUGGCGGUGGGGGUGGUUGCUGGAGCCUCGUCUGUCCUUUCACCCCCGCACCCACCGCGCACCCCUUCCUAUGCCACUGGUAGCUAGGCGAGGCGGGGGGCAAUGGGCGCCACACCUCGGUGCCUGCAGCGUGCCUGAGCCAUGCGUCUGCGGGCGAAGUGCCCGCAAGCUCCGCGCUGGCCUCUGCCCACCGCCUCAGCCGCCCUACAGCUGAGCGGGAGGCUGCAGCGAGGCUCCGCGCAGCGCGCCCUGCCUUGGCUCGCCCCUGGCUUCAGGACGCGCGCGCCGCCCCGGGCACCCGAGCAGCUAGCUAC